UCAAUUGUUUAGGUUGUGCGUUGUGCUGUGCGUUGCGACGAGUCACAAUUUUCGAGUAAAUUCUUUUAAUCGGUUAUGUUUGGAGUAGAGCCUCUAAUUGAAGUGCUAUCUCAGCCGCCGUGGGAUAAUCUUUGGCUGCUUCUGUUCUGCAGUUUGAUCGACGGCAUAGCGCCAGCGGUAUUGAUGUUUUGGGUCUAACCUCCGCAUAAUUUUAUCUGAACAUGGAGGGCGACGAACUCGGUAAUGAGCUCGUCCGAUUAGACGGAGGCUUCUUGGUCGAUGAGGAGACUUACGUUGUUAAUUCAGACGAUGUACUCGAUCAAGAAGAGAAUAAUUCUGACUCUUGCAUGGGCAAACAUGCACCACUUAGGGAGCAGGACAGAUUUUUACCCAUAGCCAACAUUGCAAAGAUUAUGAAGAGAGCCAUUCCGGAAAAUGGAAAGAUAGCAAAAGAUGCCCGGGAAUGUGUUCAAGAAUGCAUUUCUGAGUUUAUAUCAUUUGUAACUAGUGAGGCCAGUGACCGUUGCCAGGUAGAGAAGAGAAAGACUAUCAACGGAGAAGAUGUUCUGUUUGCUAUGAAUACACUGGGUUUUGACAACUAUGUGGAACCCUUGAAGCUCUAUUUGAAGAAAUAUAGAGAGAUUGUUCUCUCUCCUGUAACAAUUCAGAAAAUAAACAAAACAAUAGUACUGUAUGAAGAUGGAAUACCAGACCAGGCUGAUAAUGACAAUGAGACACAGACUGAGACCACAGUGAUAUACACAUCAUACCCUAAAGGCAUGGACGAGUUCACACUGGGAUGAAAACUCAACUUAUCAAGUUAGCUAACAACCUUGCAGACAAUGUUAGCAAAUAUUGAGUGAACACUACAAAAGUGCUAGUUUUAAUUAAACAAGGUGUUGAAAAAUAUUGAUAUCCCUAGGAUUAUCACACAAAAUGACAAGACAGUUAUCUAAAAGCAUUGUCCGCUUAAAUCUUUUCAGAUGAUUCCUUUUAUAUUUUUCAUCUUAAGGUUAAGCCAAACUUUGAUGAUGAUUGAUGACUGUAUGUUAAGAUGAUUGAACAUAGUAUUCAGAAAAACAAUAAUAUGGGUGAGUUAAGUUUUUAUUCAUUUUUGCUGAUUAUUGUAGCAUAUAUUCAAAAAGAUGUGGAUAUUUUUUUUUUAUCACGAAAAUAAUAUUUAUCAAACAAUAUAAUUCAAUCUAAGUUGCAGUAAACUAAAAAAAAUAUAAAAACUGACACACACCUAGUAGGUAUAAAUAUUUAUGAUGUUGUAAAUUAUAUACUUGAAAACAAAAUGCAAACUUGAAAGCUUUUUUACGCAAGCUAAAACUCCCUUUAAAUUAUUGUUAUAAAUAUAAAUAGAUAAUACCAAACAGGCUAUUCUAAACCUAUAUUGUGUUUACUAAUCAUGCUCGAUUUAUGCAGAAUAGUGAAAUUGACAGUAGACAUUAUAGAUAUAUGGUGGAAAUGCUACAAUUUUUGCCCUAUAAAGUGAGUCAGUUGACCUGCUCGAGUUUUUUAAGACUUCUAGUAAAAUAUUUUCUAUAGUACUUAUAUUCAUUUCACUCAAACGUUUUGCAGUAGCUGUUAGUGACUAGUUGCCUACAGUAGAGCCUCACUAAUCUGGAAUCCCGUUGAUCACGGUAAUCUGGACAAACGCGACCGUCGCAGAAUGGAGUUAUUUCACUUUGCGAGAGUAUGAAAAAAAAAAACACUAACAGAAAGAGUGUUUAUAAUUUUUUGACUUCUAUGCAGUAUGAAUGAAAUAAUUUCAUUUAUUUAUGUUGAAGUAAAAUUUAAAACCGUAAAUUUUAAUUUAUUCACUGGUGAUUUUUAAACCAUUAGGGAGGUAUAACACGGCGAUUUUAUUCAGCGAUUCAGUAGCGCGACAAUAGCGCUACAGAAUCGUGUUUACGUGUGCGAGGGCAUUUGACAUAAUGACCAGCGACAGCAUCGCGAAUGUAUCGUGGCUGCAUCAUUACUGAAUCACUGCAAAGUCGCCGUGGGUCCCUUAAGUUUUGCAAACGACAUACUAUUUUUCCCUGUCCAGAUUAGCAUGGUCUUACUGUUAUUUAUGUUUGUGUGUAAUUGGCUAUUUUUAUUUACAGACGUAAUUUAUAAUAGGAUUUAAUUUAAGUACUCUUUCUUAUAGAAAUAGACAUUGUAUUGUGGC